AUGCUCUCCAAGGCCCUCAUCGCUCUUGCGGCUUUUGCGGUCGCCGUCCGCGCUGCUCCCAGCGCUGCUGCUGGUUCUUGCGCGGUCUGGUUCGAGGUCUUGGACGACAUUCAGGCGAACUUGUUUGACGGUGGCGAGUGCGGCGAGGAAGUUCACGAGUCCCUCCGUCUCACUUUCCACGACGCCAUCGGCUUCUCCCCCAAGCUUUUCGCCGAGGGCAAGUUUGGCGGCGGAGGCGCUGAUGGCUCCAUCAUGGCAUUCGCGGAGAUCGAGACCAACUUCCACGCCAACGGCGGCAUCGACGACAUCGUCGAGACGCAGCGCCCCUUCGCGCUCAAGCACAACGUCUCCUUCGGCGACUUCAUCCAGUUCGCCGGCGCCGUCGGCGUCUCCAACUGCGCCGGCGGCCCCCGCCUCCAGUUCCUCGCCGGCCGGUCCAACUUCUCCUCGCCGUCCCCGGACCUGCUCGUCCCCGAGCCGUCCGACUCGAACGACAAGAUCUUCGCGCGCAUGGCCGACGCCGGCUUCUCCCCCGCGGAGCUCGUCGCGCUCCUCGCCUCGCACUCCGUCGCCGCCCAGGACCACGUGGACCCGACGAUCCCGGGCACGCCCUUCGACUCGACGCCGAGCGCGUUCGACUCCCAGUUCUUCGUCGAGACCCUCCUCAAGGGCACCCUCUUCCCCGGCAACGGCUCCAACGUCGGCGAGUCCAAGUCCGCGCUCGAGGGCGAGUUCCGGCUCUUCUCGGACAACAACAUCGCGCGCGACUCGCGCUCCGCGUGCCACUGGCAGGCGUUCAUCACGGACCACGACCUGAUGGUGUCCUCGUUCACGAACGUGAUGGCGAAGCUCGCGACGCUCGGCCAGGAGCCCUCGGCGCUCACCGACUGCUCGAACGUCAUCCCGGUCCCCGCCCCCGCGAAGCUCCCGCCCGCGACGCUCCCCGCGGGCAAGACCCUCGCGGACAUCCACCACGCGUGCGACUCGGUGCCGUUCCCGGCCCUCGACACCGACGCGGGCCCGGCGACCUCGGUCGCGCCUGUGUACGUCAUUCCCUUCCGCCUGUCCCUCUGUUGCCGUGCGAGCUGA